AUGCACCGAAGAGGAACAAAACAAAAUAAAAAAAAAAGUUGUUGUAAAGGAAAGUCUAAACCAACAACACCAGAAAAACAACCUCAUCCACCAGCUGAACCUUUUGAUGAUGAACACCAUUCUGUAAGAACAAUUACUUUUCAAAAUGGAGAAGUAAUAGAUGAUAGUUAUGACCAAGGAACAACAGAAGAUAAUGAUCUUUUUCUUGCAAGGCAAGUCUUAAAAAAUAUUACUCAUAAUACUGUUAAUACUAUACAUGAAAUGAUAGACGAUAUUACUAUUCAAGAAAGAAAAAUGAUUAAUUCAGUUAAUCGGAAUUAUGAGAAUUUAGUACGUGAACUAAAAUUCUCGUUUGAUUGUGACAGUGUUGUUGUAGAACUACCUUACGUAAGAAGAAUUUAUGGAGUUGAUGAAUUAAUUGAAAUAAAAAGAAAACAAGACGAAGAAAUGACUCAGUUAAUGAAAGAUAUUAACAGUCUUUUUGGUGAAUGUGAAAAGAGACACAUUAGUAUUAAUAAUAUGAAAACUAAGAUAAUAAAAUCAAUUGAGAAUUAUAACAAAACAACAAAAAUAAUUCUUAACAAAAUAGAACCAAAAAAACAACAAUAA